GCUGAGAUCCCGUCUGAUCCUCGCGGUGUCUAUUGGGGAAGAAAUGCACAAACAAACAGCGGCGCUAUGAACGAACAGACAUGGAUUCAGAUAUUAACUCAAUUUCAGGCUCGAUGUCGCGGUUAUGUGAUGAGACAAGGUCUACUUUUGGUUCAGGCUCAGUUUGAGGACAUCGUGCGAGAGAUUGAUGGAGGAUUGGAUCACUUGCAGUGGAGAGGAAACAUUAUUCCCAAACCUCACUUUACUGACACUAAAAGCCUAUUGCUGCAGUAUGAACGCUCCAGGUUUCAGUGCCAUGACCAUCAGGAUGACUCUGAGGGGGAACAGAAGAUAGAAAAUGAGGACAGUGAGAAAACUCUCCCUCAGUCUGAUAUCCAGGUACCAGAGAGAGAUGAAGCUCCUGAAACAUCCAGCCGAGACACUUCCACGCCUGUGGAAGAGAUAGGAGAGAAUGUUGUCGGACAAAACCUGGCGGAGUAUUCUUCUACAGUUUGCAAUGCUGUGAAUUCAGAUGUUUGCCACAGCAGCUUACUUCAGACAGGAACAAGUUUGCAUUCAGUUUUGAAAGACACUGCACACACUCCUGAUUCCCUGAAGCAGCAGCGGAGCACUUUGGCCAUGGAGCUGCUGUGGAUCCAGCAAGCCAUCAGUAGCAGAAAGAAAUAUCUCACCCUUAAACAGAGAAUGGAUGUGUCACACUGAUACUGGACCAGGUCUGAAGUGGACCAACAUUUACAGCACAUGUUUAAGAAUUGUUGUAAAUCAUUUUUAUUUAUAAGUUUGUUUUGUCCAUAAAUGUGUCUGUGUCAAAGAAGAGAUUGUAUUUUUGUAUGAAUUACAUUUCAGAAAUAAAUAUAACUUGCACAUAUGA